GGGCCGCCCUCCGCCUGCCGCGCGUCUCCAUGGCAACGGCCGGAAGGGGCGUGCGGAGGCGUCCGGGAAGGCGGAAAUGACGCAGCGGCUGGCGCGGAGCCGGGCCGGAGCCAUGUCAGCGGGUGGCGGAGCGCAGCGCGACGCGGGGGCCGCGGGCGGACGCCGCAGUAAGUGGGACCAGCCCGGCCCGGCCCCCGCGUUCCUCCUCCCCGGCACGGCCCCGCUGCCCGGGCGCCCGUUUCCAGGCGGCGGCGAUGGCGGCUCCGCCGUGGCGGGUUCCGAGAGCUCCGCAGCCCCCUCGGGAGCGCUGGAUGCGGCCGCGGCCGUGGCGGCGAAAAUCAACGCUAUGUUAAUGGCCAAAGGGAAGCUGAAGCCGGCGCCCAGCACGGCCGACAAGCUGCAGGCUCUGGGGAAAGGUCCGGCGACGAGUAAAAGCAAAGACGACCUUGUGGUGGCGGAGGUUGAAAUCAAUGACGUCCCCCUCACGUGCCGAAACCUGCUGACGAGAGGACAGACCCAGGACGAGAUCAGCCGCCUGAGCGGAGCGGCCGUCUCCACGCGCGGGAGGUUCAUGACUGCGGAGGAGAAAGCCAAAGUGGGGCCUGGAGAUCGUCCUCUGUAUCUUCACGUCCAGGGGCAGACACGGGAGCUGGUUGACAGAGCUGUGAACCGAAUUAAAGAGAUAAUUACUAACGGGGUGGUGAAGGCGGCCACGGGUUCCAGCCCCACGUUCAACGGCGCGACCGUCACCGUCUAUCACCAGCCGGCCCCCAUCGCCCAGAUGUCUCCAGCUGUUGGCCAGAAGCCUCCCUUCCAGUCCGGGAUGCAUUACGUCCAGGACAAGCUGUUUGUGGGGCUGGAACACGCCGUGCCCACGUUUAACGUGAAGGAGAAGGUGGAGGGACCCGGCUGCUCCUACCUGCAGCACAUUCAGAUGGAGACGGGCGCCAAAGUCUUUCUGCGGGGAAAAGGUGGCAGGGAGGCUUUCGAGCCCAUGUACAUCUACAUCAGCCACCCGAAGCCGGAAGGUUUGGCAGCCGCCAAGAAGCUGUGUGAGAAUCUCCUGCAAACCGUUCACGCCGAAUACUCCCGGUUUGUGAAUCAGAUCACCACUGCCGUUCCCUUAGCAGGUUUCACGCAGCCGGCCGCUCUGAGCAGCGUCCCCUCGCAGCCGCCCUAUUACCCGUCCAACGGCUACCAGGGGGGCUACCCCGUGGUGCCCCCGCCCCAGCAGCCGGUGCAGCCGCCCUACGUGCCGGGCAUGGCCCCCCCGGCCGUGCCCAUGGCCCCCGGCGUCCUCCCCGCGCUCCCGGCCGCGGUGCCGCCCGUCCCCACGCAAUAUCCCAUCCCGCAGGUGCAGCUCCCGGCCAGCACCGCACAGAGUCCGCUCAACGCUCCUUUCCUUCCCGCUGCCCCCGUCAAAACGCCCGUUCCCGCCGGUUCCCAAGCGCAGGCGCAGCCCCCCCCGCAGGGGCAGAAGAGACGCUUCACCGAGGAGCUGCCGGACGAGCGGGAGUCGGGGCUGCUGGGCUAUCAGCAUGGACCCAUUCAUAUGACUAAUUUAGGUACAGGCUUCUCCAGUCCGAGCGAAAUGGAAGGGGCCGGGUCGAAGGCAGCAAGUUCCUCAGGAAAGGAGAGAGAGAGGGACAGGCAGUUGAUGCCUCCGCCAGCUUUUCCUGUCACUGGGAUGAAAUCGGAGCCUGAGGAAAGGAACGGCGCGGGGGCUUUGCCAGGAAACCACGAUCAUCACGCCAAGAAGAUGAAAACGGCCGAAAAGGGCUUUGGGUUGGUGGCGUACGCCGGGGACUCGUCGGAUGAAGAGGAGGAGCACGGCGGGCACAAAAACGCAAGUACCUUUUCACAGGGAUGGAGCUUGGGGUACCAGUACCCGUCCUCCCAGCAGCGAGGGAAACAGCAGAUGCCCUUCUGGAUGGCGCCCUAAAAGCAGCAGAGGAGUUCUCAUUCAUUGUUUGAUUUCUUAUUCCCCCCUCUAGCAAUAACGCACGUGUAUCACAGAACUUUGCAAACACGCGGUUUUUACAUCCGCAGACGCUAAAGGUUCGAUAUCCCCCCUCCAAAGGGCUCCGUUGUUUUAAAACUCCUCCUCUCUGCGGUGAAUUUGUCCGUUAAAAGCCGCAGUAUUCGGAUCAGUGUCCUGACAGGGCUGUAAGGAAACUCAGGAGCCUGUCGCUCUGCGAUUCCCGUAUUUCCAGGAUAACUUGAACUGGCUCUGCACCCCCCGUGGGUGUUUUUGGGGUGUUUCUGCCCGUGCUCGCAGCCCCGUUGAGCUCCAACAUUCAGACUUUCAACAAAGAAUCAGUAAUUCUGAAAAAAAUGAGGAUCCCGUUGCCUGAAACUCUUCGAUUUGUUUUCACUUCAAGCAUCUCCUGUAACUCGCCACUUUUGUUUUUUUUAGUUUUUUCUUUAAAAGGUGGUUUUCCUAACCCCCGACCUCUCGUUCCAGCCCCGCGGGGGUGGGGGACGCUGGUUUUUGGGGGGUUCAUCUCGCUGUCCCCCGUAGCACCUGAACUUGACCUCCACUCACCCCGGACUCCCCCCAUGCAGCACUUGGGACAAAAACCCUUCUCGCGAAGGACAGAACUCCCCAUCUCUUAACUAAUUCACUUGAUUCUACCCGUUUUGCUCCACGGUUUAACAGAGGAAGAGCAGCAGCCGGGUCCAGCUCUUGCCUGGAAUCGCGACUGCAUCCGGGGAGUAAGUUUUGUGGAUGAUUUAUGGACGUGAACUGCACCCCUGGCUUUGUUGGCGGGGCAGGCUGUUGCAAACAGAACUUUCCUGCUCUGGGACCGCUCGAAACGCCCUUAAAAACGGGGACGUGCGUCGCUGCUGCGCACUGGCUGCAUUGUACAAACAUUUGUCUUUCCUAUGUGUUGUAAAUAAUUAGAACCGUACUUUCAUUAUAAAUAAAUGUAUAAAGAUGCUGGU